UGGAAUACUAAUCAAUCAGUUUUAGAAAGGGAUUAAUCCUAACUUAAAUUAGCUCUAAAAAUUGAAAAAGCAGAAACAGUGAACACAGAAUGGAGAAACAGAAAGGUGAAGUAGAGGAUGAUGAGAAGAAGAACACUUGUCUAUGGAUGUUACCUGAGGGUUGUGUCGCUGAUAUCUUAGCAUUCACGACCCCGCUUGAUGUAUGCCGCCUUUCAUUGGUCUCAACAUCUCUCAAUUCUGCAGCUGAUUCCGAUUCCGUUUGGGCGAAAUUCCUUCCUUCCGAUUACCGGUCUGUUAUUGCCGGUUCAUCGACUCCGAUCCCUGAAUUCCCAUCACUCAAGGAACUCUUUGUUUAUCUCUCGCAUAAUCACAUCUUAAUUGAUCAAGGCCUCAAGAGUUUCUCACUCGACAAAUGGACUGGAAAGAAAUGCUACUUCUUAAGUGCAAGGGAUCUUAAUAUUACUUGGGGUGAUACACCAGAAUAUUGGGGAUGGACUUCACUACCAGAGUCCAGAAGGUUUCCAGAGGUGGCUCGACUCAAAAUUGUAUGGUGGCUUGAAAUUUGGGGCACAAUAAGAGCUGGGAUUCUGUCACCCUUGACAUCCUACGCAGCUUACUUCGUUUACAAGUUGGAAGAAGAUUUUUACGGGUUUGAUACUCGAUACAUGGAGGUUUCAGUUGGAAUUUCUGGUGUUGAAUCCGAAAUGCAGGUUGCUUAUUUGCAUCCAGAACCUCAAUAUGUACCAGAGGAUUCAUACGAGUCACCUUAUACUCCGCCCUACCCUUAUCAGGUCUUUGCAAGGAUGGAGGACCUGGGUCCUUGGCCAGCUGAGUCGGACAAUUUUACAUUUCCUAAACUUAGAGAUGAUGGCUGGUUUGAGUUAGAAUUGGGUGAGUAUUUUACUGGAAAUGAAGAUGAUUGCAUAGAGUUGAGAAUGCAAGAUGUGAAGACUGGCUGUGCAACGCGAGGCCUUAUUGUUGAAGGAAUUGAGAUAAGGCCAAGUUGUAUGUAAUUGUUAGGUUUAUACCAAGAACAAUCCAUUGCAUUUUUCAACUAAGCUCUUUGUUUAGAAUGACAAAAGUGAGGUGAGAUGGUGAGCUCAUGCUGAGCUCUUAGAGGUCGUUUGGUAGAAUUUACAAUUAAUAGUACUGGAUAAAAUAUAUAAGUAAUGUUGAGAAUAGUUAUAUUAUAAUCAAUUAUUAUACACAGUUUGGUUUGGUGUAUUAAAGAUGGUUUUGUA